GGCGCUGCAGCCAAUCAGAAAAAAGCUGCCGGCGGCCCGACGAGAGGCGCAGCACUUUCGGUUCCCGGUGCGCGGGGAGGCGGCGGCACGAGGAGGAGCGGGACGGGACGGGACGGGGCAGAGCAGAGCCCGCAGGAUCCCAAUGCCAUGGCCGACGAGGAGCUGAGCCCCCAGGCCACCAAGAAGGGCACUUUGUCACCCGGCGGCUCCCGGAGCGGCGCGGCAGAGCCGAGCACGUUGCUGCAGAAACUGCGGGGCAACAUCUCCAAAGCGGUGCAGAACAAAGUCGACGCCAUCCUGCAAGAUGUCCAGAAGUUCUCCGACAGCGACAAGCUCUACCUCUACCUCCAGCUGCCGUCGGGGCCGAGCCUGGGGGACAGGAGCAGCAGCCUGGACCUGAGCUCACUGAGCACAGCUGAGUACAUGCAUGCCUGCAAUUGGAUCCGGAACCACCUGGAGGAGCACACAGACACCUGCCUGCCCAAGCAGGAUGUCUACGAUGCCUACAGGCAGUACUGCGAUAAUCUCUGCUGCCGCCCUCUGAGCGCCGCCAACUUCGGGAAGAUCAUCCGGGAGAUCUUCCCCAACAUCAAGGCCAGGAGGCUGGGAGGCCGCGGGCAAUCGAAGUACUGCUACAGCGGCAUCCGGAGGAAGACGGUGGUCAGCCUGCCGCCACUGCCCAGCCUGGACCUCAAGGUGGCAGAGACUCAGCACACGGAGCUGACAGACCUGGUGCAGUCCUACACCAGCGAGGUGAUGGAAGCGGCCUGCGCCCUGACCUGCGACUGGGCCGAGAAGAUCCUCAAACGUUCCUUCAACAACAUCGUGGAGGUGGCGCAGUUCCUCAUCCAGCAGCACAUCAUCAGCUCCCGCUCGGCCCGCGCCGACCUCGUCAUGGCCAUGGUGGUCUCAGAGAGCACAGAGAAGGCCCAUCGUGAUGGCCGCUCUCCUCCACUGUCCAAGAGGAAUGGCCUGGAGGCCUCGGAGGGAGGCGAGCGGAGCCUGGCACAGACCAAGAAGGACAGCGUCCCCAAGGCCACCAUCCCACCGCGUCCUGACAAGAAGAAGCCCCCGGAGCCGCCCCGGCCGCCAAGCAGCCCCCAGGUGAACGCGCUGAUGGCCCGUUUGCCCCUUCUCCUCCCCCGAGUCCCACCCGGCCCCACAGCCGUGUGCUCUUCCCCUCCAGUCCUGGCCCCCAAGCUGACAGCCGCCCCACUGGGGGGCACCGUGAAGGUGGCUGUCCCGCUGCCCCCCGGGCUCAACGUACUGCUGCCUGGCGUGGCUGUGCCCGCAGCUGACAGCCCCCGCGGAGCGGCCCCUGAUGGCCCCCCAGGCUCAGCCCAGCGCCCUGUGGCCACCAAGCGGUCCCCAGAGGUGGCCCACGAGGCCGGGGCCAAACGCAGACGCGGGCGGCCGAGGAAGAGGAUGGAGGAGGAGGAAGGAGGUGUGGGGUCACCGGGUCGCACUGGGGAUGCGGCCGAGGGGACGGAUGUGGGGUCUGAGCGCUGUGACAGCACACACGGAGGUGACCAUGGGCACAGAGAGGGCAAUGCCCAUGGAGGUGACCGUGGGCACAGAGGUGACAGUGGCCAUGGAGGUGACGGUGCCCAUGGAGGUGACAUCACGGAUGGCGCAGUGGGGAUGUCCCCAACCCAAGUGAGUGUCAUCCAGGAUGGCCGUGGGCUGCAGGAGGAGGAGACUCUGAGCGUGGCACCGGGUGGCAGCGGGGUCGCAGGAGAGGACAGUAAUGACACUGCGCUGUGUGGGGAUGGAUGUGGAGCCGGGACGGAGCCAACAGCCCCACAUGGCCCUGUGUUCCCGGGGGGCACAUAGGGACCCACUGCUGGAAGCGGGGUGUCCUCAUCACCGCAUGUCGCUGUCACCUGCCAUUAAACACUGAGCGCUGUG